AAGCUUCAGGUUGCGAACUGCUACCUCUGCGAGGCAGCUGACAGAGCAUGCGCGCACACAGCCGGCUCCCAGCCUAGCGCAGCCACCAGGCAAAUUAUUCUGCAAAGACCUGCAUCCGACUAAAGUUGAAGUGGAAGUGAGAACAAAAAAGCAAGCGGCAGGCUCGACGGAGAAGGAGCAUCUUGCAGCCUGAGAUUUCCAAGUGAUGCUGACCAGAGCCGCACCUGAAAGAGACUGAAAACUCCCUUUCCAGCUCCGGAGCAUGGGAUGUCUAUUCAGAGCAGGCAUGCCACUCUCGGCCGCCUAACUUUCGUUUGGAGCAAGUCAAGGCUGGGGAAAGUCGCUGAGGCUGCCGGACCGGGAGGUUCAAUCAGCCCAGAGGGGGCCUGAAUCCAGGAUGAACUCCACCCAGCCCCAUGGAAUGCACACCUCUCUCCACUCCUGGAACCGCAGCGCCCACGGACUGCCCGCCAAUGUCAGUGAGUCCCUGGCAAAAGGCUACUCGGACGGGGGGUGCUACGAGCAGCUCUCUGUCUCUCCCGAGGUGUUCGUGACUCUGGGGGUCAUCAGCUUGUUGGAGAAUGUUCUGGUCAUUGUGGCCAUAGCUAAGAACAAGAAUCUGCACUCACCCAUGUACUUUUUCAUCUGCAGCCUGGCUGUGGCUGACAUGCUGGUGAGUGUUUCCAACGGGUCGGAAACCAUUGUCAUCACCCUGCUAAACAGCACGGACACGGACGCGCAGAGUUUCACGGUGAAUAUUGACAAUGUCAUUGACUCGGUGAUCUGUAGCUCCUUGCUUGCCUCCAUCUGCAGCCUGCUGUCGAUCGCGGUGGACAGGUACUUCACCAUCUUCUACGCGCUCCAGUACCAUAACAUCAUGACGGUGAGGCGGGUGGCGGUCAUCAUCAGCGCCAUCUGGGCAGCCUGCACGGUGUCGGGCGUCUUGUUCAUCAUUUACUCAGACAGCAGUGCCGUGAUCAUCUGCCUCAUCACCGUGUUCUUCACCAUGCUGGCUCUCAUGGCAUCUCUCUACGUCCACAUGUUCCUCAUGGCCAGACUCCACAUUAAGAGGAUCGCGGUCCUGCCAGGCACCGGCGCCGUGCGCCAGGGCGCCAACAUGAAGGGGGCGAUCACGCUGACCAUACUGAUCGGGGUCUUCGUGGUCUGCUGGGCCCCCUUCUUCCUGCACCUGAUAUUCUACAUCUCCUGCCCCCAAAACCCAUACUGUCUCUGCUUCAUGUCCCACUUUAACUUGUACCUCAUCCUCAUCAUGUGUAACUCCGUCAUCGACCCUCUGAUUUAUGCUCUCCGGAGCCAAGAACUGAGGAAAACCUUCAAAGAGAUCAUCUGUUGCUCUCCUCUAGGGGGCCUCUGUGAUUUGUCUAGCAGAUAUUAAGUGGGGACAAACGCGAUGCUAAACAGCGUAAGAGACUUUUCUCCUUCUCAUAUGUACAAUCUGAACAGUCUGUAUCAGCCACAGCUUUAUCUUGUGUGUAGGGCAUGGAUUGAGAAAUUCUAUUGUAUCAAUUGAAGUUUGUGAUUUUUUUUAAUGUGAAGCAGUGCCCAGUCUCGAUGUAUUUUUAAUGUCAUGCUACUUUCUGGCUGUAAAAUGUGAAUCCACAUCACAGGUUAUAGGCACUAUGGAUUUAUAAAAAAGAAAAAAAAGGAAAAAAAAGUCCUAUGAAGAGUUUAACAGUGUUUCCUUCUUGUGAUUUACAAGGAUGUGAUACUUUGCUUGUUUUUGUAACAUGGAAAUCACAGCUUCACUAAAUAUAUUCUAAUAAGUGGUUUUUUAUGUUAUACUGUACAACACUGAAGUAUAAAAUUUUGAUUCUAGCAUUUAGGGGAGAAAUUGAAGAAUAGAUGCUUAAUCAUAAAAAAAAAAAGCUGAAAUUUCAGGUAAUUUAAUAAGACUUGCUCAUUCAUUCUCCCUGUGAAGAAGCUGGAGCUUCUACUGGGAGAAAAAUAGUUACUU